UACUUUAGUUUGAACCUUACUAGCGUCAGGAAGCAUCUACCCUCCGUCAAGUGAUUGAAACCGUUUAGAUCGUUUGGAUGUUUUAAAUUAGUUACUUAGUGGUGUUUCCUAGCAUAUAAGCCAGUAUGCGCCAAUUAAUUAUUUUGUGGAGCUGCAUUUUUGUGGCAGCUCUUGCCACCAAUCCACCGAAAUGGCCCAAAACCUACUCAGUAAGUGGUGUCCUGAACAUCCCGUACGCCGAAAUCACGGAACCGUUCUACGCGUGGUACGAUGAAGCCAACGGUCGCUCCCGUAUCGAUUACUACGGCGACAUGGUGCAAACGUACCAGCUAACAAAGGAAGGCGAUUACGGAACGAGUCUGAAGGUUGCACCGGUCACCAACCGCGAAACGAUGAACAAGCAAACAUGUCUGCAGGUCAACGGCAGCAGUGAUAACCCUAUCUCAGUGCAGGGUAUUCUGCCCGAUACGAAGAACUUCAAAUUGGCGGGUACUGAACAACGAAACGGUUUCAACUGCGACAAAUUUGUGCUGGUUGAUGAUGUGGGUCAGAAACGCAACUACUACAGUCUCUGGGUGCGGUAUGUCAAGUCUCCCAAGUAUCCGGCUUCCCGUAUGCCCAUCCCGGUUCGCUACGAAAUGAAGGGUUACAAUACGUUGCUCGGCUCACAUUACGAUCAUUAUUAUUUGGAUUACGAAUCCUACGAACAUCAGGAUAUUCCCGCCGAUGUGUUCCAAGUCAAAACCACUGAUCCCUGCAUCGGUUUCCCGGGUCCCGGCAGUGGACACUACGCCACAUUCAACCCAAUGCAAGAAUUCAUCCAUCCGCGUUCCGAAGAACAUUUGGAUAAUGAAUUCACACGGUUCAAGUACAAGCACGGCAAGAGCUAUCACAACGAUAAGGAGCAUGAUAUUCGCCGCGAUAUCUUCCGUCAAAAUCUGCGAUUCAUCCACUCGCACAACCGUGCUGGAAAAAGUUUUACUGUUGCCGUAAACCAUCUGGCUGAUCGUACCGAUGAAGAACUGAAGGCCCUUCGCGGAUUCAAGUCGUCCAACGUCUACAACGGAGGUCAGCCAUUCCCAUACAACCCGGAAGACUUCAAGGAUGAACUGCCGGAGAGUUUGGAUUGGCGCAUCGCUGGUGCCGUAACACCGGUCAAGGAUCAAUCGGUAUGUGGAUCGUGCUGGUCCUUCGGAACAGCUGGACAUAUCGAAUCCGCCUACUUCCUGAAGUACAACAAAUUGAUGCGUUUUUCGCAACAAGCCUUGAUCGAUUGCUCCUGGGGAUAUGGCAAUAACGGCUGCGAUGGUGGCGAGGACUUCCGUGCUUACCAAUGGAUGAUGGAAGUCGGUGGCAUUCCUUCGGAAGAAGAAUAUGGUGGCUACUUGGGACAGGAUGGUUACUGCAGGCUGGAGAACAAAACGCUGUACGCAGCCAUCGAUGGGUGGGUCAACGUAACUUCCGGAGAUGCUGAAGCCAUGAAGGUGGCACUGUUCAAACAUGGACCGUUGUCGAUUGCCAUCGAUGCCGGCCACAAGACCUUCAGCUACUACGCAAAUGGAGUGUACUACGAACCGGAAUGCAGGAACAACUUGGAUGGAUUAGAUCACGCUGUGCUAGCAGUGGGAUAUGGAAAACUGAAAGGAGAGGAUUACUGGCUGAUCAAGAACUCCUGGUCCAAUUAUUGGGGUAACGAUGGGUACGCCUUGAUGGCAAUGAAAGAUAAUAACUGUGGCCUUACCACCGAUGCUACAUAUGUAAAUUUGAAGUGAGGUUUCAUGCUAAAUCAAUUUUAAUUGUAAGACAGUAAUUUUAUGUUUGGUUUAAUGUCAUCAUAAGCAGAAAAUGAAAUAAAUUGUUUACAAUUUUUUGUAAAAAAAAA